UCACAGCGCUCCAGCGAUUCCGUCAUUCACAUCGAUGUGACAGAAGACCGUUCGUUCCUGACCCUGAUGGUGUGGAUGCAAAGGAUGCUGGGAUGCAAGGGAUCAUCUGGGACGGCGGUGAGAUACAAGCUUACUCUGGCUACAGGACUGCUGGAGUGCUUGUGUUUUGCUGGAGUUGUGUUUGGUUGGGCGUCUCUUGUGUUUGUCCUAAAGACAGAUGGCUACUUCAGCGAUUUGUGCAUCAAUGCGACAGACACCAGUGGAGAACUUGGCACAGAUUGCAGUCCGCAAGAUGAUAAUUUCUCAUUGGUUUUUACUGUGGCCUCCUUCAUGAACAACUUUCUCACCCUGCCCAACGGAUUCUUCUAUGACCAUUUUGGCACAAUGGCAACGCGAUUUUUAGCUAUACUUCUUUAUACCACCGGCACUCUUAUUGUGGCAUUGUCCAAUAAAGCUCUCUCUUUCUUGCUUUUUCCUGCUCUGUCCUUCAUAGCUGUGGGAGGUAUUUUAUUUCUAAUGACAAAUAUGCAGGUGGGGAACCUUUUUGACUCUCAUAGAUCAACAAUUAUUACAGUCUAUAAUGGGGCCUUUGACUCUUCAUCAGUUAUCUUUCUUAUAAUCAAGGUGCUCUAUGAGAGUGGGGUUUCUUUUCGCUCCUCAUUUCUCUUCCUCUCAGCCUGCAAUCUCAUUCAUCUCCUCCGGACACUUUUCCUUAUGCCAAAAUCACACAUUCCCUAUUCCAUCUCAGACGACUACAAAUAUGGGAUGAGCUGUGCUAAAUCACAUAGCUACAACGUUGAACAGUACGAGGCAGAGCGAGACCUGAGUUCAGACAGAGGCAGAGGUGUAGAUGACGAGCCACUGGAGACUGACACACUAAAGCUAACAGACAACUCUGAGACAGACAGUUUUAGGAGCUGUGUUCUGUCCUGGUUCUUCCUGUGGCACCUCAUAUGGCUGUCAGUCAUGCAGCUGCGGCAUUAUUUCUUCAUUGGAACUCUGAAUCCAAUGCUCAAUAGACUGGCCAACCAAGACCCAGACAUUGUGAGUGAGUACACCAAUGCUUUUGCUUUCACCCAGUUCUGUGGAGUUCUCUGUGCUCCCUGGAAUGGCCUGCUAAUGGACCGACACAAAAGAAAACCCCUAGAUCCAGGUGUGUCAGAACGGGAAGCAGACCUGCGCUCGUCCGUUCUAUCUCUCCUCCUCACCUCUCUGCAGUGCCUGUUGUUCUCCAUCUGUGCAAGCAUUCCGGUCCUCCCUCUCCAGUACGUCACAUUCAUCCUUCAGGUCCUUAACCGUUCUUUUCUGUACGGAGGGAAUGCUGCAUUCAUCAGCAUAGCGUUUCCUGCCCGUCAUUUUGGAAAGCUGUAUGGUCUAGUGAUGUCCCUAUCAGCUGUGGUGUCACUGCUGCAGUAUCCCUGCUUCGCCCUCAACAAAGUUCUUGGAGGAGACCCCUUCUAUGUGAACAUCAUCUUGACUGUCCUGACUCUACUGGCCUUCAUUCAUCCUGUCUAUGUGUUUCUUCACUGCAGAGAGCUGGCAAAACAGCGAGAGAAUUCACAGAGCAUUUUAGAAGCCUCCAUACAGGAAACAUCAAUGUAUUAAUUUAAAUCACUUUAUCUAUAGACAUACUUGAUUAAUGCAUAUGAUUAUGCAAAUCUAUCUAGGCCUUAGCUUUUGUAACUGACAAAGGGAAAAUUAAUAAGCAUUGUGAUUAUUGUGUAUUCACGCAACUUAAAAAAAAUGUUUGUUUUUUUUACC